CGGAAACAUAAAAUCCGGGAAUUUCAAUUGGAACGGGAAGCGAGGCAAGUUGUCCCGCAGAUCAGCUAUUGGCAGAUGUGUCACAAUGGAAAUCGAACUCGAUUCCUGUAUAAGGUGGCGCGGUGGUAUGCGUUUCGUGGUAGAAUUAUGGUGCAAGCUGUAGGCCGCGUGUUCGAUGUACCCGUGAUGUCUGCACUCCUGACAUUAUUCGUCGAUCAACUGCUCUCCUCCAAAAGAGUGCUGUUCCUUUGGCUGUUGUUACGCUGUAUUUCAACUGCACUCUGCAUCAGACAUGUUUAAUUUCUUGAUUUGGACUUAUUGGUAUUUGUGGUCAGUAUCUUGUGCGGUGCUUGUUGGAUUGGUAAUAUCAGCAACAGCAUGCGGCUGGUGGUUAUGGAAGCGUCACCACUCCUUUCAUCAUCGUUCAUGGUCUCCAGAGAUAGUAGAGGAUUUCACUUCUUCUGAUAGAGGAUCUUCAGUGUCCUGGUACUCACCACCUCGUUAUAGCCGUUCUGGUUCCUUCGUCCAAGCACUACCACCUCCUUAUAAUGAGGUUACAGCAAAACCAAAUCUAUACCCACUGGUCAUUGGAUACGACGAAGGAUCUGGCAAGGGAGGAACCUCAGGAUUUGUAAUGCGUUAUUUCAGAUCCCUCUCACACGCAAGCACCUUAGAUUCGUUGGGUUCAAGUUUUAUGUGUAACAUGGUUAAUGAAGCAAACACCAUAAUCCCACCGCCGUAUUCGUGUAACAACAGCGUUGACGAGCUGUCCGGUGUAGAAUGUGCGAGAAUGGAUAACAUGGAUGUUGGAUCGGUUGUAUCAUUGACUAAUCAUAGAACUACCUCUGACAUAUCGAGUUUAGCUGCUCAAUCUCCGUGUUCACCACCGCGGGCUACUAGUCCAACGAUAGAGUUGCGUGAGUUGUUAGACAAGAUUCAACAACUACCCCAGCUACCUGGCGGGCACAGUACCGUUUUGUCUUGUUAUCAAAAUCGACCUCAAGUGUUAUGCCCGUCAGCGAAUACAAACGGCUCUACGCAACGGCCUCUGAGCCCAGGAGACAUCGGAUCUUACAAAACCAGAAGGACGCGAGGAAAGAUGUACAUGCCGUUGGGACUUCAAGGCUCGAAGAAUAAGACCAAACGAUGGCUGUCGCGAUCAGCGCCGACGACGCCGUCGGGCACGAUACCGAUGUCGUUUCUACCCGGGCAAAGUAUACGGCCUUCCGAGACAGAUAAUAAUAACCGGCAAGUGGUACCGUUGCUUUCGGAACAGGAUGAAACGGAGAGCAAUAACGUCGAUCAGUCGAACCACAUACCGUUGCUGUCCGAGCAGGAGGAAGAUCGACAGCAAACAUGACGAAUUGUUUAGAAGCGUGUCUCGUGUUUACGUGUUAAGAAGGGAAUCUAUAUUUCAGAUAAACGUCAUCCUCUCAAGUAAUCUCUAUAUUUUUAACACGGCUGGUAAAACCCUUCAUUGCAACUUUGUGCGAGAAGUUACAACGCGCGUAAACUUCAAUUGAUUUCGUCCAAAAGUCAGAUAUUGCCUGUGCUCUUAGAAGAGAGGAACGUUCGCUGCUGUGACCUAUAAUUAUUUCCGUUCCUCCUAUUACAGCCAUAAUAUAUUCUCUUCUGUUUUACUCUAGGGAAAAUCUUUCACACCGAAUCGUCACGCGGUAGAACAAUGGCAAUCGAUGAUACACGUAUGAUAUACUCUUUAAGCUCUGUGGAAAAAUAGCAGUUAAUUGCAAUUAACUUGCACAGACAGUUGCAGACAACACGAUGAACGUAACGAAACGUUACGAUGAUAGAUCCUGCGUAGACGUAUUGUAAGCCUUGCCUCGUUGAAAUCUCGGCCAUAAAAUACUACGUAUUUUGUACAUCGAAUUUUAAUUUUUGCCUAAAAGAGAGAGAGAAAAAAAAACAGUAACGUGCAUACGUAAGAUAUAUAAGUUAAGAAUGCGAAUUUAUUUAGCCGUUGCAUCGAUGAGUUUUUAAUCGUAUAUACGGUAAUACAGUGUCCAUCCAGAAGCAGCCAGCCAGAAAGAAGUUGAGGAUAAUACUACGCGAGUUAAAAGUACGAACAAAUUACACACGAAAGUGUCGAAAUUUUCACAAGUACAAUAUCAAUUCCUGUCGAAACGGUAAAGAGAAAUAUCUUCUACGGAUAGAAAGUUAGUUGCAAGCACAACGAUUGUACAUUGUAACGGUCAUUUCGAUUGAAAUGAUAGGUUACGUGCAACAAGGUGAGCAAGAUCGACACACAAGCGCCGAACAGUUAGGAUGAAACGAUAAGUCUGCCGUGUCACCGAGGAUUCCAUUCGUAAUCAUAGGAUGUAACAAACAUUUGUUACGAUCGCAAACUUUAUUCUUAAAGACGUGAAUAAGAAACGGCCACUCUAAGUAACUGUACCAUUCAUCCACUCACACACCAUGUAUCAACAUGUAUUUUUUUAUAAAUCGGAUACGAAAUAAAUCCAAGCUUUUACGAAAUUGUUGCGAAACUGUUGCCCAUCGUCCCAUUGUUACCAUUUGAAUGACAACAUUAUAACAAUAAAGACGUUCGAAAUAUCUUUAUACUUUAUUGAUGGCGAUUCUUCCUCAAUUCCGAAGAGUUUCACUCUUCGCAGUUUUUUAACCAUAUAUUGGAUAGAUCUGGG